AUGCGCAAAAUGAGGCUCAUAGAUUCCAACCGCCUCUCUUCCACCCUACCUGCUUCCCUCUCUGUCUCCCGCUACUCUCCCAUCCCGCCCUCUCCUUGUCUCUCCCAUCCCACCCUCUCCUUGUCUCUCCCAUCCCACCCUCUCCUUGUCCCUCCCAUCCCCCCUCACCCACCCUGCUGCAGGCUCAUAGAUUCCAACCGCCUCUCUUCAACACUGCCUGCCUCCCUCUCUGCUCUCUCCCUGCUCUCCCACCUGUGA